AUGACUCUGAAAUAUCUCAUCACCGGUGCGACAGGAGGCCUCGGAGAGCAGGUGCUCAACUACUUUUUGAACCAUGUCUCUGCCUCCGAAUAUGCCGCAGCAUCGUCCAGAGCCUCCAACAGAGCGCGCUUUGAAGACCGUGGCAUCGCCUUCCGCCACGUUGAUUACGAUGAUCAAGAAUCGCUUGAUUCAGGGUUACGCGACGUCGAUAAUCUGCUGUUCGUAAGCUCAAACACGUUUGAUAACGACAGGCGGGAUAAACAGCAUUGGAGACUUAUAGAUGCUGCUAAGAGGGCAGGUGUGAAGCACGUUUGGUACACAUCUCUUGCUUUUGGUGGUUUCUCAGACGAUUCCAAGGCCGCUGUUCAGCAGGCUCACCUGACCACGGAAAGACUUCUCAAAGAAUCUGGUAUUACAUACACGUCAAUCCGAGAGGGCGUGUAUACAGAAGCCUUCCCCGUGUUCAUGAACUGGUACCCUGAUAGUACAGCCGUGACACUUCCCGCGGACGGAGAGAUAGCAUAUACUCGACGGGCGGAGCUGGGCGAAGCAACCGCCCGAAUUAUGCUGCGAGGUGGAUACGAGAACCAGAUCGUUCUGUUUACAGCCGAAGAAACAAUCACGGCUAAAGAAGUCGUGGACAUCAUCAAUGAGACCACAAAGCGCGCGGUGAAGUUUGAAAUCGUCUCGCCUGAGGAAUAUGUGCGAGUGAAUAGCGCAAGCGAUCAGGGCCGAAAGCCGAGGGCAUUCUUUGAGAUGGUUUCGACUUGGUGGGAGGACAUUGCAAAAGGAGAGCUACGUACCACGCAUCCGCUCAUGCGCGAGGUCCUUGGGAGAGCGCCCACAAGGCCUCGAGACGCGUUGCGGGCGAUACUGACGGAAAAUCCUGAUUAUACUUGGCAUCAGAACUACCGAAAGUAG